ACUCCGGUCGACCAAACUAUCAACCCUAAGUUCCUAACCCACGCCUCUCUCUUCCUCACUCUCAAGUCUCAUCUCACGUUUCUCUCUCUUCUUCACUCUCAUCUCACAUUUUGGUGCUCUCUCUUUCUUGCAGAUCUCACGAAAUCAGGUGUGGGUAAGAGUUGCCUCCUCCUGCGGUUCUCUGAUGGUUCCUUCACAACGAGUUUCAUCACCACCAUUGGUAUUGAUUUUAAGAUUCGGACCAUAGAGCUUGAUGGCAAGCGGAUUAAACUGCAGAUAUGGGAUACUGCUGGUCAGGAACGGUUCAGGACUAUUACAACGGCAUAUUAUCGUGGAGCCAUGGGUAUUCUGCUGGUGUAUGAUGUUACUGAUGAGUCGUCAUUCAACAAUAUCAGAAACUGGAUACGCAACAUUGAGCAGCAUGCUUCUGAUAAUGUGAACAAGAUUCUGGUAGGGAACAAGGCUGACAUGGAUGAGAGUAAAAGGGCUGUGCCUACAGCUAAAGGACAAGCUCUAGCUGAUGAGUACGGGAUUAAAUUCUUCGAAACUGUGAGUGAAUUCCCCAGGAUGUGCUUGCUUAGUAUUGUAUCCUGGUAUAUUUAGUUAUUAUGCUCAAAAUGCAAGCACUGGCUAUCAGAGAUGUGGGCUUAUAGAUGGCAACCAGCAAAUUGUGAUAUGCCAGACUUUGAAAGAUCUUCAUUUUUGAAAAGGUGAGGAAGUUAGCUUAAAAUCAUCAUUAAUUAUUAUAGAUGUAUUUUGGUGCCAAGUUUCUUAAGUUGGUAUUCCCUUUCCAUUUCACUCUCCUUUAUGAACUGUUUUUUGCUAAUGAUUCCCAUAUGUCAUAUAUGCUGAACUUGCUGUCACCUUGAUAUAAUAGCUUAAGUUAAGCAAGCAUUUUACCAGGCAACCUGUUCAGUCAGUUGCUUAAGUUAAGCUAACCAAUAAGCCUUUAAUCACUAAAUCAUGGCCUUAGAUAACUACUGAGUUUAAUCACUACUUGUGAUCUUGUGACCUGUGGAUCUCAUCUUUUAAGGUGCAUAGUUAUGUGUUAGCUCUUUCUUGUACAUGACCUUAUCACACAUAUAGUAAAUCUAAAUUCUAAGACCAUCUUUAAUCAUAUUGCACUACAGAAUGAAAUGCCACUAUUAUCUUUCUCCAACGUGAUUACAUCAUAAUCCCAAAUUCAUUAUUCAUCCUAGAAUAUUCCCAUUAGCAAAAAAAGACUCUUGAUCUGAUGACAUCAUAUCAGGCCUAUAUGGAAUAUAGUGGAAUCUUGCAGCACCAAACAAAGAAUUACAAGCCAUUAGCAAACAAAACCUAAUGUUUAACUAACAUAAAAUCACCUCAAAUGGUGGAUUGGACCUAAGUCUAGUUCACUGACCCAUAACUUUGCUUUGUAUUUGUUAUAGAAAUUAACAAAAUUUUCUCUAUUUGGUCUACGGAAGAUCUUGAAAAAAUUUGAUAAACGCUUGGGCUAUGGAUUCACCAAGUAUUAUUUGAGUAAUUUACUCCAAACAUUUUUGGUUAGUUUUGUCGAACAAACCCUUAGACACUCAUUAUUUGUCUUUUCAUUAAUAAGGAGCUUCGGGAAAGAAUUCAAUAAAAAUAAAAAUAAAUCGCAUUGUUUUCUAAUAAUCCAGAGCCACACAAUUAGCUCAGUUUUACUUCCUGUUUAAUGUUAUGAUCCUUAAACUGAAGAGAAUAAACCAAGUCCCCUUAUCAAAACAAAACACACAAUCUUGUGUUAGACUUGGACACACGCUUAUAGAAACUCCCGUUAUCUGUUUACCCUGUAAAAACACACUACUAAUACACCAGUGAUAGUAGAAGAGAUACCAUAUCAAGGGGAGGAUUAUACAUAUUCAUGGUGGUAUUGAGUUUCCAACCCGUCCAAUUCCGAGUUAAUAGUACAACAACUAACUGCUUCGAGCAGAAAUAUAAAUAUGGAAGGCGAAACAACAUGAGUAGAGUAAGAUGUGGCAUAGCAGAGCCAACAAGUCAGAUUGCUCCUAUGGGGCAGAAGACAAAGUACAAAGAUGGGUUCUUUGAGAUGAUUUUCAUGAAUCUUUUUGCUAGGAAGAUGGAGAAGUUUGCUUCAUCUUCUGGCAAGAGAAAGCAGGAGAAUGAUGGGUGGUUUAAGUAUGAUUACGAGAGAUUUGUCGAUGUAUCGAAGAGAGUAAUGCAGGGAAGAUCACGCCCACAGCAACAACAGGUUGUUAGGGAAGUACUAUUGUCUAUGCUCCCUCCUGGUGCCCCAGCUCAGUUCAGAAUGAUGAUCAUGAAAACUGGAGGAAUUUGCUUAUUUCGAGUGAAGACCAUAGAGAAUGAUGAUUUCGUUUCCUUGAGCUGGUUCGUGAUGGAUGCAUUGGCUAAGGCCAAGAUACUUAUAGAUGCUAUUUAUAAUGAUGGGUGGUGGGUGGGCUGCAUUUCUAAAGUCCUUGUUGACUCAAAAUAUUUAGUUUUGUUCCAGAUUUUUGUUGUGGAGUUUAAAUUAGUGUACAUGUAAUUAUAUGAGAUUUGUAUUAGAUUUUGUUCUAAGUAUACUAGAAUUUAGUUCUCGAAUUAUUUUUUCACUUGUAUCUACAUUUAUUAUCAAUAAUAAUUGAAUUUAUUAA